AUGACGCAUACAAUUGUAUCAGGAGACACAUUCUGGGCCUUAGCACGAAAAUAUCGCUGUAAUGUUGAUGAAAUUACGGCUGCGAAUCCCGGUGUAUCGCCGACAAAACUACAGAUUGGACAGGUUAUUCGCAUACCGAACAAAAAAAAUAACACAAAAGCAAGCACAGGUGGAUCUGGGAGAGAAUAUGAUCCUUGGAAAUCAGAUGAAACUGACGUAUUAACACGAACAAUUUGGGCUGAAGCUCGUGGUGAACCAUCCGAAGGACAAGCUGCCGUUGCACACACAGUUCUUAAUCGUGCAAAUGGGACGCUUCAUAAAGGAGGUCUAGGAAGCGCGAGAGAGAGUGAAAGGACGGAUUUACAAGAACAAUGUUUAUGUUAA